GAUUGCACACGGGAACUCCAUAUGCCAGCGAUACCUGCUCAAGGGAGAUCCUUCGCACAGUAAGGAAAUGCUGUCUUUGUUUCUUCUUUAGGUGAGCAGGAUUCGCCGUGACGUCCGCCAAUGGCGCGGUCGCGAUCGGGCGUGCACCUGGCCGACACCGUCACUUCACCCACUGCCGCUGCGGCAACAACGGCCAGCACCAAUAAUAGCACCAGCGCCGUCAGUGGCAGUGGCGGCGGCACCGGCAAUGGUAGCGGCAGCGGCAGCAGCCGCAGCGGCAACAGCGGAACCGGCGGCGGCGGCGGCAGCGUGGGUAAUUUCAGCGCAAGCCGUGUCCGCGGUUCGGGUCCGGCGGUAGGUAGAGCGCGCAGCGACACGGCCGUUGUGGAGAUCGUUAGUAUCCCCGAGGAAACGGCCUUCGAUGCCCUGCCGCCUUCUGCCCUGCCGUCCGCCUCCGCCUCCGCCUCCGCCGCUGCCGCUGCCGCUGCCGACUUCCCCCCGCAACCGCUACGUCGUCACCCCCCCACCUUCCUCUCAAAAUCGUCUCGCGCGUUUUCCGCGGCAACUCCCGGUGGUAGAUCCUCCGCCGAUCCCUCACUCCGCCACCCCGGUUCCGCCGCCCCCGCCAUAGUUGCGCCUCCGGGGGAAGCGCCCCACCCUUCUGCGCUCCGCCAGCACCCGCCCGCCGCUUCCCCCUCCCGCUCCCCCUCGCGCGCUUCCUCCUCCGCCUCCUCCUCCUCCCGCGCGUUUAGCUUCGCCGCCGCCCGCGACUUCUUCAGCGGCCGCCUUCCCACGCUCGCGCGCCGCGACAGCGACCGGCAUCAGUUCGCGGACGCGACCCGGCCGCUUCCUGACGCGGCGGCCGGCGCGGGGGAAAGCAGCGCCGCCGCAACCGCCGGCGGCGAUAGCGACGGCGGUGCGGCGGCGGCGGCGGCAUCCAGGGAAGCUAGCGAGGUGAGAGGCUGGCGGUCGUCGGUAUUCGCGCCGCUGCUGCUGCGCCCCGCGCUGCGGAAGCGGGCAGCGGUGUGCGGAGUGGACGAGGGGGGAGAGGGGAAAGAGGGGCGCGACGGGGGCGAGUCAAGCGAGGAAGCGUCUCUCGUUCCGCACGUGCGCGGCGCAACGGGUUCCGCCGCGCGGGGAUCCGCGGAUGACGACGACCACGGGCUGUCCGCGUGGGAGGCGGAGGAGCAGGAGCGCGAGCGGGCGCUAGAAGCGGCGGAAGCGGCGGAGGGGGAAGAGGCGGAGGAUGAGGAAGACGAGUACUGGGGAGUGCCAGGUGUGUCGAUUUUCGAUAGCCCUCCGCCAGAGGCCAUGCAGGCGGGCCUGAUAGGGUUAGGGGGAGGGCUCGGCGGGGGAUUGGGGCUGGGCGCUGGGGGAGGCGGGGGGAGGCGGGCGACGGGGGAGGCGGAGUGGGGGAGCGGGUGCCCGCGGUUCCUGCAGGGGCUGUGCGAGCGUGGGGGGGACUGGUGGCGGGAGAGGCAGCUGCGGUGGCGGAAGCGGAGGCGGGAGGGGGAGGAGGAGGGCGGAGAGGGGGAGGGGGAAGGGGAUGCGGGGGAAGGGGAGCGUGCAGCAGACGGCCAGAGGACUGGCGGGGGAGGCGUGAGGACUGGCGUGAGUAGAACGGGCAGCGGGGUUGGCAGCGGCGGUGGAGGUGGCAUGGGCGGUGGCCGUGGGCGUGGCAUGGGGAGUGGAGUGAACCAGCGCGGCAGCAGCGCCAGCAUGAGCACCAGCUUCAGCACCAGCAGCGGCGGCAGCAGAACCUUCCGCUACCCCACCAGCGCCUCCCAGGCGUUUCCCCGCGGCCCGUCGUCUACGUCCGCCAAGUCCUCCACAGGGGGUGCCGGCGGGGGCGGACCCAGCAGCGUGGUGAGCAGCAGCAUCACAGAGUGGGGGCGGCAGCGGUGGUGGUUCGGGCGGGUGAUCGACCCGCGGAGCCCAGCCACGAAGCUAUGGACGCGGUUCUACAUGGGCGUCACGGCGCUCUCGCUCUUCUCCGACCCUUGCUUCCUCUACAUGCUCUCCUUCUCUAGCGACUCCUCCUGCCUCUACAUCCAGGGGCCGUACGUUAUCGCCAUGGCGGCCAUCCGCACCCUCUGCGACGUGCUCUUCUUUGCCAACUCAUGCCUUGCACUGCGCACGGCGUACGUGUCCCGGGAAAGCAUGGUUCUAGGGAGGGGAGAGCUGAUCACGUCCGCGAGAGCCGUUGCCGUGCACCACCUGACCUCCUGGAGCGGUCUGUUCCUAGACACUCUGGUGAUUCUCCCCAUCCCCCAGGUGCUCUCCCUGGUUGCCGUGCCGCAUUUCUUGGUACAAGCCAAGGAGGGAGAGUACGGGUAUGUGGAGGAGGGCAUCGGGAUAAUGCUGUCGUGCAUGCUGCUACAGUAUUGUCUCAAGGUCUACCACACGUACGUUGUCGCGCGCAGGCAGCAGCGAGUCAACGGAUACGUGUUUGGCACGUCCUGGUGGGGGUUUCUGCUCAACAUGCUCGUGUUUCUGAUCA